CUGGGGCAAUUUCAAGAUGGCUGACAAUGAGGCCGCACGAAAUCUUCUCUUGAAGUGAUAACGGAUAAAUAUCGUGAAAUUUUGAUAGAUUGGUGAAAUUUUGAGUGAAAUUGUGAUCAGGAGAUUUUCAAGUUUCUAUUGAAUGUAUUUUUUCCUGAUAAGUAUACAUUGAAGAAUAAAGAGAUGCUGAAAUGAAAUGGAAUAUUUGGUUUGGUGACAUUAUCCAAGUUCUGGGUGUGUACUCAGGUUGAUUUUUAAGGGACUUAAUCAAACCUCAGAUAAUUUACGAAGAAGAGGUUCUGGUACAGUAGUUUUCUUUAGAAGCCAGAUACAGUUGACAAUGGCGUCUGGCGGUCAACGUAUUGUUCAGACAGGACAGGGUCCGAUCAUGGUAGCACGGCCGCAGGGUCAGCCUGUUCAGGUGUUGCCUGGAGCUCAGCUCGUCCGAACCUCGGGCAUAAUGGUCGGAGGACAUCGUCCGACCGGUCCUAUGCAAAACCAGAUGAUCAGACCACAGCCUGGGAUGCAAACUAUUCCUUCCACGAGCGCCGGGGUACAGAACAUAGUGAUCCGACAGAACGGUAGCAGACCCGGUCAACCCGGAGCACAGAUAACAGUUCCUCUAGCAACCCUACAGGGUCUCCAGGCCGGCCAGGGUAUACCCACCGGGCAGCCCGGUCAUCUUCUAGUGAAAACAGAGACAGGACAAUAUCAAAUAUUACGAGUUGGACCACCGGGACCACAAUCAAACAUUUCAACUGUUCCACAGCCCGUCACAACUGUCAUGAGACCCACUGCUGUAGCUGUGACAUCUGUGCAAGCGAUGCGUACAACAGCGCCGAUGGUGCAUCAAAUGCGUCAGCCAACCAUGCCAACAGUUGUCCGAUCUGUUGCACAGCCGACAGCGGUGAGUUCGCCUCAACCACAGCAGUCGCAACCACAGGCAACAGCUACUUCAGCUGCUGCUGCUAGUAACAGUAUGGGUCAGCAGAUGACGCCUGAUACAGCUAAGAUCAAAUGUAAAAACUUUUUGGCAACUCUACUACGGCUGGCGAGUGAUCAACCCGAGGGAGUCGCCAAGAAUGUUCGAGCUUUAAUUCAGGGUUUGAUAGACGGACGUGUUGAACCUGAAAUUUUCACAACAAAGUUGCAGAAAGAAUUAAACUCAUCUCCUCAACCCUGCCUUGUUCCUUUCCUCAAGAAAAGCCUUCCAUAUCUUCAGCACUCACUAGCCACACUAGAGCUUAGCAUAGAGGGGGUCCGACCACCACCGUUAAACGCUGUGGGGAAACUUCCGCCGGCGGUAACCGCCGGUCCCCCGACCCAGCUUAGAAUAAACACUCCUGCUCCAGGUGGUAUUGGAACUAUAUCCCGACCUGUUGCUCCUUUUGUGAACCGACCUAUUACUCCAAUUCGGUCUACUUACACCCGUCCAGAGUUUUCUAAUGUAUCUUCCAUGAGUAGCAGUAGACCAGGAUUCUCUAUGCCUCAACCCCAGUCCAACCUGUCCAAUAGUUCUCAACCUGUGAUAAGAGACAAGAAGUCCGCUGGUAAUAGUUACUCGGCGGCCGGUGACGACGAUAUUAACGAUGUUGCCGCUAUGGGCGGAGUAAAUCUUCAAGAGGAGGCUAAUCGAAUUCUUGGGUCUACGGACAAUGUUGGAACUGUGAUAAGAUCUUGUAAAGAUGAAACCUUCCUUCAAACUGGGUUAUUGCAUCAGAAAAUAUCUAGAAUUUGUAAAGAAAAGGGUUUGGAACCUCCUUCUGCCGAGGUGAUUGGUUUAGUUUCUCACGCUACUCAGGAUAGACUCAAGACUCUAGUAUCCAAACUAUCCGUCAUAGCAGAGCACAGGCUGGAUAUCAUUAAAACGGAAGGACCCUACGAAGUUACCGAUGAUAUAAAAGGUCAAAUACGGUUCCUGGAGGACCUGGAUAAGAUGGAAAAGAAGCGACAGGAAGAAAUGGAAAGAGAGAUGCUAAUCCGAGCAGCAAAAUCUAGAACAAAAACGGAUGAUCCGGAGAAAGAAAAGAUGAAAGCCAAAGCUAAGGAGUUGCAACGAAUAGAACAAGAACAACAAAGACAUUCAGAAGCCAACGCGACUGCCCUAGCUGCUAUUGGUGGACCUAAAAGUAAAAAGUUUAAGUUUGACGAUAAUAAUAAAGUCGGGAGCUCUGUGCCUAUGAGACCAAGAACUAAAAGGGUCCAUUUACGUGACGUGAUUUUUUUAAUGGAACAGGAAAAAGAUUUAAGACACAGUCCGCUCUUGUUCAGAUCAUACUGCAGUUAAUUACUGAGUUAUUUGUUAAUCAAACUAUCCUAAAGAAGGGUUUCUUCUUGAGACGGAUCUUUCAGACCACCAAUAGAGUUCUUCAACCAACCUGGUCCCAGGUUCCUGCUUGGAUUAAUCUUUCAGACAGGCUGGAGUAAGAUUAUAGAUUGGGAGUUAUUUAAACCAACCUGGAGUUAUCAGACCAGCCUGGAGUAUGGUUCCAGCUUGGGAUGGAGUUAUCAAGACUAGCCUGGAGUAUGGUUCCAGCUUGGGACGAAGCUAACAGACAAGCCUUGAGUAUGAUUCUAGCUUGGGUAGAUCUUUCAGACUAGUCUGGAGUAAGCUUCUAUCUUGAGAUGGAUACAUCUAACCAAUUUGGAUUAUGAUUCCAGCUUGGGAGUAAAUUAUCAAGCUAACCUGGGCAUGGUUCCAGCUUGGGAUAAAAUUAUCAAACAAGUCUGGAGUAUUGUUCCAGCUUGGGAUAAGUUAUCAAACCAACCUGAAGUAUAGUUCUAGCUUGGGAUAAGUUAUCAAACCAACCUGGAGUAUUGUUCCAGCUUGGGAUAAGUUAUGAAAUCAACCUGGAGUAUGGUUCUAGCUUGGGAUAAGUUAUCAAACCAACCUGGAGUAUGAUUUUAGCUUGGGAUAGCGGUAUUAAACCAGCUGGGAGUAAAGUUCCAGCUUGGGAUAGAAUUACCAAACAAACCUGGAGUAUGAUUUCAGCUUGGAAUAAGGUUAUCAAACCAACCUGGAGUAAGGUUCUACCUUGGUAUUAAGAUUUUAGUGAAGAUAAAACCAACGAAGGAAGCUUGAAUGGUUUGAAACCAAGUGCCUGAAAUGUGUACUGUAUAUGUACUGUGUGACGGGAACCAGAUUAUAAACUACUGUACGGAUGUGUCAAUUCUUACUUAACGAUGCAACUGUAGACGGUCUUCAAUAUCCAAAUUUCUCAGAAUCAAAAUAUAGACAAACAAAAAUUUAUUUUUCUUAAACUCAAAAAUAUAAAUUAUCAAGUCUGUACCUAGCAUAUCUGUGUAUUGUAGAUCAGUUCACAUACAACCCCCCUUUCUU